AUGGAUCCAGGCAAGGAUCCCGAUCAUGACGUUUAUUUCUUGGUCAGCGUAUCUUUCCUUGCCAUCACCGCAUACAACACGAUGGAGCUUUUCUGCUGGAUUCUCGAUUAUUUCAAACGCUGGCAGGGCCUCUACUUCUGGAGCAUCUCGAUAGCAAAUCUCUCCGUCGGCGCCUUCAUGGUCAUUGCGACCUUUGCGACCGCUCAAGCCAUCAAGCCCUUAGCCUUUGGCAUCGGCACCGCUUUGGUUGAUCCCGCCAUUCUCGUUUCCACCGCCCUGGUCCUAUACUCGCGCUUAUACCUCAUCACAAGAGGGCGCAUUGUCAAAUUCGUGUUCUGGCUCAUCAUCAUAAGCUCUUUUUUCAUUUACAUCCCAUCAGUCACUCUCCUAAUGGGUGCAGCCGCCGGAGAUCCUCGCUUCUUCGGCACCACCCUGGAGCGCUUCAACGAACGCUACACAUCGCUCGGCUCGAUCGGCCGCGAACUCCUCAUCUGCGGAAUCUACAUCUACGAAUCACUCCGCCAGCUCAAACCAAUCAUGUCGCUGAAAGGACGCGCAGGCCGCAAGGUCCUGUGCCAUCUGAUCGCCGUCAACGUGGCCGUCGUGCUAUUGGACCUCAUCGCGAUCUUCCCGCUGUGCACUACGAAGUGGCACAUUGGGCAGUGGUACCGGGGCGCGGGAAUCCAGUACGGCAUUUUUGCCCAGAGCGUCAAGCUCAAGAUUGAGUUCUCCGUUCUGAAUAACCUUGUCGAGUUGCUUGAGGCGCCGCUGAAGAAUGCGGGGCUGCCGUCGACUGAGAAUAGUCAGGCUGGUCGAGACACGUGCACGUGUUUGCAGGGGGAGGGCCUGACGCCGUCGCAUUCAACGGGCUGGACGAGGUAG